UCUGGUGGUUCCGGCUGAGAGUUGCUGCUUAGGAUUCUGGUGGGGGCGGGGCAAGAGGGGCUCCCGCGACUCAGAUCCCCCCCAGGGGAGGGAACGAGAUUCUGAGGUUGGAGGGAGCGGGAAACCUGCUCCAUAACUGCUCUUGGCUGUGCAUAGUGGAGAUCCAACAAUGGGGCAGUGGGGAGGAGAGAAGGAAGCCUAAAGGCUCGAUCUCCAUUUAAAUUCAGAUUCCUGGAAGGGCUUUUGGAGAGCCAGCGGAGACCAGUUGCCCGGCGGUGCCAGUGGCUGAAAGAUUCCUUCUGAUCCUGGCAGAGGAGAAGCAGCAGGAAAAGUCCCAGGUUCGGAGGCCCUUCCAGGAAUGGGGAGUAAUUGGAUGGAUCGCACAAAUCUUUCUCAGCUUUCUUUCAGAGGGAUCCCCGAGGAUAAAAGUCAGGAUACCUCACUAGUGGAGAACAUAGGAUCAUCGUUCUUCAGUGAAUCAUCUCCUUCUAUGGGUGGAACUGAAAGUGCCACUGGAUUCCCAAUUCAGGGUCCUGUGUCCUUUGGGGAGGUGGCCAUCCAUUUCAACAAUGAAGAAUGGCUGCUGCUUGAUCCCAGCCAGAAAGCCCUGUAUCAAGAAGUCAUGUUGGAAACGUCUAGAAUGGUGACCUCUUUAGCAUCUGAUGUGCAGAAGAAGGAAAACGACCAAAAGCCAAAUUUGGUGCCAUUGCAAAUAAUCAAAACUAAAAUUCCUGAGGAGACCUCUACACGUAAGUGGGGAGGGAGGAAACAUGAAAAGAAGCACAAUUGGAGAGAGAAAACUAUUCUUGAAUGUGUGGAAAUGGAUCAUUUCCUGACCGAAAGUGAUUCCAAAGAAAAUAUGGGGAAAUCUCAAAGUAGAAAAAGAUUCAAAGCAAAGCCCAAUGUUAGUAACCGCUGCAAAACUGAAAAAAGCUCCAGCAUUAAUAAUGUUACUUCACAUAAAAUGAACCAGGCAAGCGAGAAGCCCUACAACGUUGUGGACUGUGGAAAAAGUGUUGGGUGGAGGGAUAAUUUAACUUCUCAAAAAAGAGUACAUUCAGGGGGCAAACGCUAUAAGUGCCUAGAGUCUGGAAAGAACUUCAGGUACAGAGCGCAUCUGAAAUCCCACAAAAGGAACCAUACAGCAGGAAAAUCUUAUAAAUGGGUGGAUUGUGGAAAAAGGUUUAAUGUGAAGAGUUCCCUUACCUCCCAUCAAAGGAUACAUACUGGAGAAAACCCCUUUAAAUGCAUAGAAUGUGGAAAGAGCUUCACCAGUAGUAGUUACCUGAUAUGCCACAAAAGGAUCCAUUCAGGGGAAAAACCUUAUAAAUGUGUGGAUUGUGGACAAAUGUUCAGUAUGAAGAAUUCUCUUACUUACCAUAAAAGGAUGCAUACUGGAGAAAAACCCUUUAAAUGCCUACAGUGUGGGAAGAGCUUCAGCACUAGUAGUUACCUGAUAUGCCAUAAAAGGAUCCAUUCAGGGGAAAAACCCUAUAAAUGCAUGGAAUGUGGAAAAAGCUUCAGCUGGAAGAAUUCUCUUAUUUACCAUAAAAGAAUGCAUACUGGAGAAAAACCCUUUAAAUGCAUACAAUGUGGGAAGAGCUUCAGGACUAGUAGUUACCUGAUAUGCCAUAAAAGGAUCCAUUCAGGGGGAAAACCCUAUAAAUGUUUAGACUGUGGAAAAACCUUCAGGACAAACACUUCUUUUACUAUGCAUAAAUGGAUCCAUGUGGGAGAGAAACCCUUUAAAUGCAUAGAGUGUGGGAAAAGAUUUAAAAAGAGUGCUCGCCUCGCUUCCCAUAAAUUGAUCCAUGCGGGAGAGAAACCCUUUAAAUGCAUAGAAUGUGGAAAGAGCUUCAGCAGUAGUAGUUACCUGAUAUGCCACAAAAGGAUCCAUUCAGGGGAAAAACCUUAUAAAUGUGUGGAUUGUGGACAAAUGUUCAGUAUGAAGAAUUCUCUUACUUACCAUAAAAGGAUGCAUACUGGAGAAAAGCCCUUUAAAUGCCUACAGUGUGGGAAGAGCUUCAGCACUAGUAGUUACCUGAUAUGCCAUAAAAGGAUCCAUUCAGGGGAAAAACCCUAUAAAUGCAUGGAAUGUGGAAAAAGCUUCAGCUGGAAGAAUUCUCUUAUUUACCAUAAAAGAAUGCAUACUGGAGAAAAACCCUUUAAAUGCAUACAAUGUGGGAAGAGCUUCAGGACUAGUAGUUACCUGAUAUGCCAUAAAAGGAUCCAUUCAGGGGGAAAACCCUAUAAAUGUUUAGACUGUGGAAAAACCUUCAGGACAAACACUUCUUUUACUAUGCAUAAACGGAUCCAUAUGGGAGAGAAACCCUUUAAAUGCAUAGAGUGUGGGAAAAGAUUUAAAAAGAGUGCCAGCCUCGCUACCCAUAAAUUGAUCCAUAGGGGAGAGAAACCCUUUAAAUGCAUAGAGUGUGGAAAGUGCUUUAGGCAGAAUGGUGGCCUUGCUUCCCAUCAAAGGAUUCAUAUGGGAGAGAAACCCUAUAAGUGUAUAGAGUGUGGAAAGACCUACAGAAAUAGAAAUCAACUGACAUCCCACAAAAGGAUCCAUUCAGGUGAAAAACCUUAUAAAUGCACCGAGUGUGGAAAACCCUUCAGGACUUGCAGUUCCCUUGCUUCCCAUAAACGGAUCCAUACAGGAGAGAAACCCUAUAAAUGCACGGAGUGUGGAAAAAGCUUCAGUGUAAAGUGUUCUCUUACUUCUCAUAAAAGGAUCCACACAGGAGAAAAACCAUAUAAAUGCCUAGACUGUGAGAAGAGCUUCACCCAAAGCAGUAGCCUUGCUUCCCAUAAACGGAUCCACACAGAAGAAAGAUCCUAUAAAUGCAUGGAGUGUGGAAAAAGCUACAAAAACAGCAGUUACCUGACUUUCCAUCAACGGCUCCACACAGGAAAUAAAUCCUAUACAUGCCUGGAGUGUGGAAAGAGCUUCGCUAUAAAAACUUCUCUUACUGUUCAUGAAAGGCUCCACACGGGAGAGAAACCCUAUAAAUGUCUAGAGUGUGGGAAGAGUUUCAGCCAAAGUAGUCACUUGAGUUUCCAUAACAAGAUGCAUACAGGGGAAAAACCUUAUAAGUGCACAGACUGUGGAAAAACCUAUGCUACCAGUAGCCAUCUGACUUACCAUAAAAGGUCCCACACAGGAGAGAAACCUUAUAAAUGCCUAGAAUGUGGAAAGAGCUUCAGUGAUAAACGUUCCCUUACUUCCCAUAGCAGGAUCCACACAGGAGAGAAAUCAUAUGUAUGCAAUGAAUGUGGAAAGAGUUUGAGUACAAGCAAAUCCCUUAGUUACCAUAUUAGUACCCAUACGCGGAAGAAAUUGCAUUAAUGCACAGAAUGUGGAAAGAGCUUCAGAUUAAGAAGUCACCUUACUUCUCAUAAGAGGAUCCACAUGGAGGGGAAAGAAUAGAAAUGUACAGAAUGCCGAAGGAGUUUUUGUGAAAAUAGGAUGCUUGUAAAUAAUAGAAUAGAAUGGCAAUGUUGGAGGGGACCUUGGAGGUCUUCUAGUCUAACCCCCUUCUUGGGCAGGA